CAUGUGACUACGCAAGAUGGCGGUGCCCAGUGAGGCCGAGGAGGAGCGGGUAGUUUACCUGGUGGUGAGCGGCAUCCCCUCUGUGUUGCGAUCCGCUCAGCUAAGAAGCUACUUUAGCCAGUUCCGGGAACAGCGUAACGGAGGUUUCCUUUGUUUCCACUACCGGCAUCGGCCGGAGCGGGUCCCUCCCCAGGCCGGUACCGACUCUGCUCUGACUUCGACCGACGCUGGCGAUGAGAGUCAAGUUUUUACCCAGAUUGCGGCUACCGAUGCCCGCGCCGUUUCCACUGGAGACUCUGUUCCGGUCCAGACCCACACCCGCUGCUGUGUCAUCUCGGUUCGGGGGUUGGCUCAAGCCCAGAAGUUUUUUCAUAUGUACUCAGGCCGCCGAUGGCUGGAUUCUCAGGGUACUUGGCUACCAGGUCGCUGUCUCAUCCGUAGACUUAGGCUACCCACUGAGACAUCAGGUUUGGAUUCUUUUCCUUUUAAGACACGGAAGGAGCUUCAGAGUCGGAAGUCUGAGAAUGAAGCCUUCACCCUGGCCGAUCUAAGGCAGCUGCCAGAGCUGAACCCGCCAGUACAGAUGCCCAAUGGGAAUGUGGGGACUCCCCUGCGGGUUUUUUUGGACUUGAUCCGGGCCUGCCGCCUUCCCCCUCGAAUCAUCACCCAGCUGCAGCUCCAGUUCCCUAAGACAGGUUCCUCUCGGCGCUACGGCAAUGUGCCCUUCCAGUAUGAGGACUCAGAGACCGUGGAGCAGGAAGAGCAUGUGUACACAGCAGAAGGCGAGGAAAUACCCCAGGGAACCUGCCUGGUAGAGCCACUUGAGGACGAAGAGCUCAGGGAAGGAGAGGAAAAGGAGGAGGAGGAAGAGUCUCACUCAAGUGAUGAUGACGACCGUUGUGAGGAGUGGGAGCGGCAUGAGGCAUUGCAUGAAGAUGUGACAGGCCAGGAGCGGACCACUGAGCGGCUCUUUGAGGAGGAGAUCGAGCUGAAGUGGGAGAAGGGUGGCUCUGGCCUAGUGUUCUACACUGAUGCCCAGUUCUGGCAGGAGGAAGAAGGAGACUUUGAUGAGCAGACAGCUGAUGACUGGGACGUGGACAUGAGUGUGUACUACGAUAAAGAUGGCGGAGACAAAGAUGCCCGAGACUCGGUCCAAAUGCGUCUGGAACAGAGGCUCCGUGAUGGCCAGGAAGAUGGCUCUGUGAUUGAACACCAGGUGGGCACCUUUGAACGCUACACUAAGGGCAUUGGCCGGAAGGUGAUGGAGAGGCAGGGCUGGGCUGAGGGCCAGGGCCUGGGCAGCAGAUGCUCAGGGGUACCUGAGGCCCUGGAUGGUGAUGGCCAGCACCCCAGAUGCAAGCGUGGAUUGGGGUACCAUGGAGAGAGGCUACAACCAUUUGGGCAACUGAAAAGGCCCCGUGGAACUGGCUUGGGGCUCAUCUCCACCAUCUACGAUGAACCCCUACCCCAGGAUCAGGGGGAGUCACUCCUCCGACGCCAGCCACCCACCAGCAUGAAGUUUCGGACAGACACGGCCUUUGUGAGGGGUUCCAGUUGGUCCUCCAGUCACCCCUCGGAACUUGAGUGAGGGCUGGGAUUUCCCUAGCCAGGAUCACACACAGCUGCAGGAUGGCAGGCUUCUGGCCAGGCCCUGAUCAUUGCUGAAGCAAAAAUGAAUCUGGGAGCAGCAAUCGGUGCGGGUUAUUCAUAGCACUUAGUUCAGAGCCUGCAUAUCAGUUCUCUACCUCAAGGACAUUUUUCUAAAAAGCCGCCUUCUCCUCCCUUCCUUUCCCUUGGGUAUAAAGACUUAAUGACCUCUCCUGAGUCCUGGUUUGGGCUUGCCCUGGACUCGAAAAGCUGGGCCUGAGGUUAAGUAGCAGUUUUCCUUGGGCAUCUGAAAGAAGUCGUUGUAAAAGCCAGAUUGCGGGGAAAAGGAUCGGAAGAGGAGAGAAUCGAGGCACUGGUAUGAGAUGUGGGUGGGCCCUCUACUGCUUCCACCCUCACAGGCUGGGUCCCUGCCGUUGCUGGAGGUGACCCAAGGUCUGCAGCGUAGUACAGAAUAAAAACUUUUAUAGCAGC